AUGGGCUCAAUCAAACAGACCUCGGCGUUCGAGAAAUCGCAGUUCAUCCCUCCGGACGCCAUCUUCGACGUGACCAGACGCUACCUCGCCGACACGAACCCCAGCAAAGUCAACCUGGGUCAGGGCACAUAUCGCGACGAGAACGGCCAGCCCUGGAUUCUGCCCUCGGUAAGACUGGCGGAGGGAUCCCUCGGCGAAGUCGGCCACGAGUACCUCCCCAUCGCAGGACUGAAGCCCUUCCGCGAUGAAGCCGUCAAGUUGGUCUUCGGCUCUACUAAGGCUUUUGCGGAGAACCGUAUCGCCUCGUGCCAAUCUCUCUCAGGAACCGGCGCCCUCCUGCUCGCUGGCCUCGCGCUGAAAAAGGCCGACACGGGAAUCAAGACGAUCUACAUCACAAACCCGACCUGGUCCAACCACGAUCUCCUCUUCGCCUCCCUCGGUUUCACCGUGAAGCAACUCCCCUACUACAAAGACCGCUCGUUCGACUUCGACGGCUACAUCGCGACCCUCAAGGCCGCCGAGCCCGGCUCCGCCGUCAUCCUGCACGCCUGCGCCCACAACCCGACCGGCUGCGACCCGUCGCAGGAGCAAUGGAAGCAGAUCGCGUCGGUCAUCAUCGAGAAGGGCGUCUUCCCGGUCUUCGACUCGGCGUACCUCGGCUUCAACUCCGGCUCCGUCGACGACGACGCCUGGGCGAUCCGCUACUUUGUCGACGAGCUCGGCCUCGAGGCCGCCGUCUGCCUUUCGUUCGCGAAGAACAUGGGCCUGUACGGCGAGCGCGUGGGCGCGACGACCUUCGUCGCCAGCUCCGCGGAUCACGCCCGUACUGUCAACUCGAUCUUGGAGAACGUUCAGAGGGCGACGGUGUCGAACCCGCCCGCCUACGGCGCGCGCAUCGCCGCUGCGGUCUUGGGCACCCCUGAGAUCAGAGAGCAGUGGGCCAAGGACCUGCUCACCAUGUCCGGUCGCAUCCGGGCCAUGAGGCAAAAGGUCUACGACGAGCUGGUCCGGCUGCAGACGCCGGGUGAUUGGUCGCACAUUGUCAAGCAGAGCGGCAUGUUCGGUUACACGGGCAUCAGCAAAGGUCAAGUACAGCAUCUUGAAGAGAAAUAUCACGUUUACAUGGCCGACACAUCACGGAUUUCGAUCGCAGGACUUAAUGAGAAGAACGUGGAGUAUUUCGCAAAGGCCCUCGACGAUACGGUUCGCAGUGUCAAAUAA